AUGCGCAACACAGCCUCACCCGGAAGUCGACAUUUUGGUGCAGCGCGCGAUACCGCGAAGAUGAACCCUUUGACAAAGGUUAAGCUGAUCAACGAGCUGAAUGAACGGGAGGUCCAGCUUGGGGUGGCCGAUAAGGUGUCCUGGCAUUCCGAGUACAAGGAUAGCGCCUGGAUCUUCCUAGGGGGGCUUCCAUAUGAACUGACUGAAGGAGAUAUCAUCUGUGUGUUUUCACAGUAUGGAGAAGUUGUUAACAUAAAUCUUGUGAGGGACAAGAAGACUGGGAAGUCCAAAGGCUUCUGUUUCCUGUGCUAUGAAGACCAGAGAAGCACAAUUCUGGCUGUUGAUAAUUUUAAUGGAAUCAAGAUUAAAGGACGAACCAUCCGAGUGGAUCAUGUGUCUAACUAUCGUGCUCCUAAAGACUCAGAAGAGGUAGAUGAUGUGACCAAAGAAAUCCAGGAGAGGGGCUGUGGGGCUCAUACCCCCUCAGCCAGUUCAUCGGAGGGCUCUGACCAGGACAAAUCCACAAAGAAGCACAAAAAAGACAAAAAGGAAAAAAAGAAAAGAAAGAAAACCAAAGAGAAGGCUGACCGGGAGGCCCAGGCAGAGCUGCCACCCUUGUCUUCUUCAUCACCCAGAAUCAAGGUGAUAAAGGAGGAGCCUGGCUUAAAAAAGCAAAGCAACAAGAACUCAGAAAAGGGUCAGAAGACAGAGCCCAGAGAAGGCCGGAAGCCCUACCCCAGCUCCCCCGAGGUCAGGGCGGCCUGGCGUGAUGGAGCGGCAGACCUGGAGAGGGAGCCCAAGAAGGAGAAAUCGAAACAUGAGCACAAAUCCUCGAGCAGGAAGGAGGAAAGAGAGGAAAAGACCUGGGAUCGAGACAGAGGUCGAAGCUCAGACAUAUAUUCUAGCUGGCACGAUGAUCGUGCUGAAGGGCACAGUCACAGAAGUAGAAGCAGGAGCCGAGAGAGAUCCCACAGGUAUAGGAGGGCCUGCCAUUCCCGGAGUCCGGAGGUCUCCAAUCCCACAGACCACAGGCACCACUGA